UGCAAGAAAGAUGCUGAACCGCAAUGCAGCAGGCAAGCUGUCAUCAUUACGAUUACAUAAGUAGUUGUACAAGUUCCUAGAGGUCAUGUUCACAUUCAAUGUUCCGCCGUCGUUAAAACGCACCAGGACAGUACCCGCUUCUCUCUUCCACGAAGAAUGCCGACGUUGGUGAUGCCUUUUAACGGCGGAUCAGCUGAUCCCGACAGUUCCGACACGGACAGUAAGAACAUCGAUUCUAGACUUGGUUUGAAGGACUCGCUGACACCUAUUUUAUGGAUAAUGAAAGUUACAGGUCUGCUGCGUGGUGUAACCCUCAAAAGACCGUGUCAAAAACAAUCGUCGGAUGUUUCCGCCGGACGAUGCUGCUCCCCUAGUCUUGUAUACGGAGUAUUCGUGGUCUGCCUGCUCUGGUGUAACGUCGCACUCUCUCUCUGGUCUUUUCGUGACAUGACGUCAUUUGACGGUGUCGUAUGUAAUCAGAUUAUCACAUCCACUUGGUUUUUCCAGGUGGCGAGUACAGCGCUCGGUAAUAUCUGGCUUAGUAAACGCUGGAACAGAAUCUUUACUGCUUGGGACAAACAUGUUAAAUCUUUGGACCCUCGGCUGGCGAUGAGCGACAGACGGUGCGCUGUUGUUGGAGCCGUUUUGUAUGUAGUAUGGUUAUUAGCCGAGUUUGGAUUUGUGGGUAUCGGCGCCUACUUACUGGGAGGCGGUGGGAUCGGAUCAGGCGGUUCCUUUACCGAUCAUCACCAUUUCAAUGUCUUUUUCCAGUUUUUGUUCGUUUUGAUUUUCUUCUAUUUUAUUUCGGCUUGGUAUUUGAUGACAGCUGUAUUUAGUAUUUUGGCUAUUGGACUUUACCGGGCGUUUAAAGCGUUUUCUAAACGUUUUGAAGAAAAUUUCGUCGAUGGAAUAUUUAAAGGUGACGUUGAGCAGCUACGUCAGAAACACGGCAGCCUGGUCCGGUUGCUGGGGAUGGUUGACGGUAUGGUCUCCGUGUACAUCAUGUUGAUCGUCGGCACCAUCAUUCCCCUCAUCAUCUUCACUCUCUACUUUGUUCUCUUUGAAAGCAUCGACACCUUCUCCUAUAUGGCGACCUGGUGGUCGGUAUCGCUCAGCGUCAUCCAGAUCAUGUUGGUGUUCAUUGGAGGAGGUCUUGUGAACUACAUGGCCCACUACCCUGUGGAAGCACUGUAUGAUAUAGACCUCGGCUGCCGCACGUCUGAAGAAUGUCACCAGAUCACGAUUUUUCUAAACCAGCUGACCAGCCACCCAAUAGGGUUUACAGCUUUCGGACUAUUUACGAUCGACAGACCAACCAUUAUAACGUUUGCUGGAAGCAUAGUGACAUACGCUGUGGUGGUGAUACAGUUCGCACCGUCUGAUGGAGCGGUCGACCAGUUCGUCUGUAACUGUUCCUGUAUGUAAGGCGGAUGAUACAGACCCGCAAUACCAGACAUCCGUCAGCCAUAUUUAUCGGAACUUUAAUGUUAUUACUUCAGUACGCUCCAUUUAAGUUUGGGGAUCACGCGAUCUACAGACGGAAUUAUAUCCGACGUCAAAAUGAGUCGGCUACAGCUUGAUGCACAUCUCGUACGGGCAUAUUGAGGUAAACAUUUGUAUGUAUAUACUGGUGUGUCCAUUACCAUACAAAACACACGACACUAUUAGUCCAAAAUGGCAGGCGAUCGAUAGCGGUUGUCCGAUAUACUUGGUUCUACCGUUAGUAGCGUAGUGCUGUUAGAAUUAAACCGGUCGGUAUGGAAUAGUGUUAGAUUCAGCAGAAGAGUCAUGGCAACGUUUGUAUUUACGUCAUCGGCACGUGCUAGCGACAAGUGAUUGAUUUCCUUUUGCUGGUGGUGUAUAUGAUGUCGGACAGCGUACGGCGAUUCUGCCUGAGGAUGCAUUUCAUUAUAAACUAUAUGUUCUACUCGGUAUGUUACGACUAUCACUGUCUAAGGGCGACACCUUUCUAUUGACUUGAGAACAACAAAGAAAGUGUUGCCGUAAAAACAUCACCAUAAGUAUGACGAGAAAAAAAAUGGAUCCUUGUGGUCACAAUAUCCGGUCUACUGGGGAGGUCAUACGAUGUAUUGAUAAAUUGUUCCUAACAUUUUGGCAGACAAUAUAUUGUUUAAAUUACGCCAGGUUAGGAUUAAUGAACACAAAAUAAAAAAACAAAAGCAAAAAAAAAAAAAAAACCAAUCGUUUUGCUGUUUACUUUAAUAUUUGUUCUUCGUUCCUUCCCAGUUUGUUGUUGUGCUAUUUAUGUUCCGUUUGUAAAGAAUGCGUUCACGUAGUAUCAAGACUCUGUAUAUAAAAAGUCUGUACUUAUUUGACAAUGUAGAUAUGUGUUAUUUCAUAUCAAUGUUUCUUAAAGUUUACUUUAAAAUCGUGUAGUACCAAACAAAGCACGCCUCUGAUUAACGAAAUAUGGUAAUGGUAAACAUUUUCAACAGCAUGACACAAACAAUUUGGGGACUGACUUAUUCCCGCUUUAAAGAUUUCCAGUAAGGUCCAACUCUUCUCACUCAACGUUAAAUUCUAGUUCGUGAUGUCUAUAAGUACAACGAGUUACCUGAUGAUUUGAAUAUUAACAUUCUGGAAUCUGUUCAAGAAUAUAUUAAAGAUACAAAACGUUUCGAAUAAUAGUAUGAUGAGAAAUGUGUGACCUUUUAAUGUUAUGAUUGAAAUACCAUUUUUGUGAUGUAUUGACAUUGUACCAACAACUUGCUUCAUAGAUUAGGUCAUAGUUAUUAGAUUAAUUCAUAGAUUAAUUGAUUUAUGUAUGUUUACAUUUAAUCAAUUCACUAUUGUUUUAUUUAUACAUGAUACUAUUCACUUAUAAAUUUUCAUUUUGUUAAUGUACAUUAUAAUAUUCAUGAAAGCUUUGGUGGGGUGUUGGGGUAACCGGUCUGAAUCUAGCACACCUUGGUGGAAGGCUGGAGGAGGAGGAGUUAAAGGACAUUUAAGCCAGAAACCCUUGUGUAGAUAGAUUCAAGACUUGAUGCCAUUCAAACACUCCAACAACAGCUACAUGUAAUAGCUCUUUUAAACUUUAAUAAAAAUAUAAAGAUAUUUACUUUUGGAUACUGUAUAUCUAAAUGAAGUUAUUACUUCCCUUUAACCAGUAAGCUUAUCAGUACAAAUAUGGCAUUCCUAUACUGACCAAACUAUAUCAUAUAUACAUCUGCUCAAUUCCUUAUAUUUAUCUAUAUUAAGAAUUAGCUCUUUAUACCUGGAGAAGAUUUAUAUAGG